AAGCAUCAAUGGAGACCUGCUGUUCCCGUGGAUAUGAAUGGGCAAGUCAAAAGAAAGACUGUAGGUUUCUCUCUUCAGAUCGGGAUUCCAAGGAAUGCAGGAUAGCCCAGGAAGAGUGUUGCCUCAGUCAGCUGGAGGUGUUGCAUUGCACUACCGGAAUGGCUAUUGCUAGUAAGCAAGAAAAUUGUGACUUGCCAAGGGAGAAUUCCACCUGUGAAGACAAGAUCAUUAAGAAAUGCUGUCACUGCUGCUUUUUGGGGAAAGAGGCCCAGAAACAAGGCAAUAGCUGUGAACAGAGCCUCUUAAUGGGUUAUCAGUGUGGAUUGGUGUUCAGAGCUUGCUGUGUUGAAGGGCAUGAAAACUCAGAUGCUGGGAUUGUUGACGGUCCUAACAAAGAAGUGGUGGAAAUUAACCUUGAGGACCAUUACCUGAAUGACCGUUGCAGAGGUGGAGGACCUUGUACCCAACAGUGUAGGGACACAGGAACUAGUGUCCUCUGUUCUUGCUUCAUGGGCUACCAGCUUCAGCCAGAUGGCUUCACCUGUGAAGAUAUUAAUGAAUGCAUCACUGCAGCUAAUGCCUGCAGCAUCGGUCAGAUCUGUGUCAAUACUAUGGGCUCUUUCCGUUGCCAGCGGGAGACUAAUUGUGGCACAGGUUAUCAGCUGACAGACUACAAUCUCUGCAAAGAUAUUGACGAAUGUGAGACUGGUAUUCAUAACUGCCUCCCCGAUUUUAUCUGUCAGAAUACGCCAGGAUCAUUCCGUUGCCGGCCCAAACAACAGUGUAAGAUCGGCUUUAUACAAGAUGCUCUCGGCAAAUGUAUCG